UAAAUAAUGAAAAAGGCUUUGCCUUUGUCGUUGGGUUUGGCUCAGUCAUUCUUUAGUGGACUGUGGAGCGAAAAUGGCGGACACCAAAUUGAAGAGGCCCCAAUCUGUGCCCGCCAACUACGUCACCCUCAACGACCUUAAAGAGCGCUGGCUCAGAGACCAGGAACGACAGCAGGAGGAAGAACGACGGCAAGAGGAGAAGAAACGACGGGAAGAGGAGGAGAAACGGCGACGAGAGGAGAGGGAACGGCGAGAAGAAGAGCUCCGCCAGCGGAAGCUCCGAGAAGAAGAGGCGAAGCAGAAGAGGCAAAACGCCAUCGUUCGGAACCUGGAAACCGGUUCCAAGCCUAGUUAUGGUGGUAAUCGGGGACAGCUUCGGCCAGUUAAUCGGAGUGUUUCGGAGUUCGGUGGGGCUGAGGUGGAGGCGAAAGGAAGCGAGGAAGAAAAGCCGAAGAAAAACGCUGUCGUUAAGAGAGCCGAAACCGAUGACAAGACGAGGAAUCGCGAGAAUCGGGCAGAGUUUCGGCCGGUUUAUCGGAGUGUUUCGGAAUGCGAGGAUAUUGAGCUGGAGGGAAAAAGAGGCGAGGUAGGAGAACCGAAGGAAAACGUCGUCGUUCGGAGAACCGCAACGGGUAACAAUUCGAGAAAUGGGAGUGACCGGGCACAGUUUCGGACGGUAAAUCGGGUUGGUCUGGCACCCUUGCUGGCGGGGGAAAGAAGUGAGGAAGCAGAGGCGAAGCAAAACGCCGUCGUUGGAAGAACCGGAACCGGUAACAUUCCGAGAAAUCGGAGUGAUCGGGCACAGUUUUGGCCAGUUAAUCGGAGUGUUUCUGAGCGGGAGGGGAAAAGAAGUGAGGAAGAAAAGCCGAAGCAUUACGCGGUCGUUAAGAGAGCCGAAACCGAUGACAAGCCGAGGAAUCGUGGUAAUCGGGAAGACUUUCCGCCGGUUAAUCUGAAUGUUCUGGAAUGCGAGCAUGCUGAGCUGGAAGGGAAAAAAAGCGAGGAAGGAGAGCCGGAGGAAAAGUUUCGGACGGUGAAUCGGGUUGGUCUGGCACCCUUGCUGGAGGGGAAAAGAAGCGAGGAAGAAGAGGCGAAGCAGAACGCCGUCUUUCAAAGAACCGGAACCAGUAACAAUCCUAGAAAUCGGAGUGAUCGGGCACAGUUUCGGCCAGUUAAUCGGAGUGUUCCGGAGCGCGAUGGGACUGUGCUGGAGGGGAAAAGAAGCGAGGAAGAAAAGCCGAAGCAAAACGCUGUGGUUAAGAGAGCUGAAACCACCGACAGACCGAGGAAUCGCGGUAAUCGGGAAGAGUUUCGGCCGAUUAAUAGGAAUGUUUCGGAAUGUGAGGAUGCUGAGCUGGAGGGAAAAAGAAGCGAGGAAGGAGAGCCGGAGGAAAACGGCGUCGUUCGGAGAACAGGAACGGGUAACAAUCCGAGAAAUCGGAGUGAUCGGGCGCAGUUUCGGACGGUGAAUCAGGUUGGUCGGGCACCCUUGCUGGAGGGGAAGAGAAGCGAGGAGGAAGAGGCGAAGCAAAACGCCGUCGUUCAAAGAAUCGGAACCGGUAACAAUCCGAGAAAUUGGAGUGAUCGGGCACAGUUUCGGCCAGUUAAUCAGAGUGUUCCGGAGCGCGAUGAGACUCUGCUGGAGGGGAAAAGAAGCGAGGAAGAAAAGCCGAAGCAAAACGCUGUGGUUAAGAGAACUGAAACCGCUGAAAGACCGAGGAAUCGCGGUAAUCGGGAAGAGUUUCGGCUGAUUAAUAGGAAUGUUUCGGAAUGUGAGGAUGAUGAGCUGGAGGAAAAAAGAAGCGAGGAAGGAGAGCCGAAGGAAAACGGCGUCGUUCGGAAAACCGGAAAGGGUAACAAUCUGAGAAAUUGGAGUGAUCGGGCGCAGUUUCGGACGGUGAAUCAGGUUGGUCGGGCACCCUUGCUGGAGGGGAAGAGAAGCGAGGAGGAAGAGGCGAAGCAAAACGCCGUCGUUCAAAGAACCGGAACUGGUAACAAUCCCAGAAAUCGGAGUGAUCGGGCACCCUCGCUGGAGGCUAAAAGAAGCGACGAAGAAGAGCUGAAGCAAAACACCACAGUUGAAAGAACCGAAAUUGAUAACAAGCCGAGGAAUCGGAGUGAUCAGGGGCAGUUUCACCCGGUUAAUCAGGGCGUUUCAGAGCUCGAGGUUACUGAGCUGGAGGGGAAGAAAAGCGAGGAACCUAGAGGAGAAGAAAUGGAAGAAGAAGAAGAAGAAGAAGAAGGGGAAGGGUAACAGAAAGUGGAAGAAGAAAGCUAGGGAAGAGGAGGAGGUGACUGAGAAGGAAGGUGGAGUGGACGAGCCUCUGGUGAGUGGCGAGAAGGAAAACGAUCAGGCGACUGGAAAGGAAGAAAAGGGAGUUGGAAUUGAAAUUGAAACUGAAAUUAGGGCAAAGAGCGAGAAUGUGGUUCUGGCGGAGGAAAUUGUACCGAAAUUUGAGGGUUUAUCGGUGGAUGGUAAGGCUGGUAAUGGGGAUGUUAAGCUGAGGAGGUGGAGUGGAGCUGAUCGCCGUGGUAACGGUGAAAUAAGGGAUUAUGAUAAGAGGGUAGGCCGCUUCCAUUUACAGAGACAGAGGGGUUCUGGGUUUAGGCUUUGGGUUAAGAAAGGCGAGGUUGGUGACAGCAAUAGCGGCGGAGUUCAGAGCUUGGAGGGCAGUGAUGCUGUUUCUGGUCCGAGUGGAACAUCUUUGAAUGCAAGUUCACUGAAGUUGGCUGGGAAGACGAGCAAGAAUUAUCCAACACAGAGGUGGCGAAGCAGAUGUGAACCGAACUUGUCACGCUGAUGCAGUGGUUUAGUUGAUGACUUGUAAAUCACCGGAGAACAUGCGUAUUUCGGUUUGAUGAUUGACCUAAUCAUUAUUCGGGUACUUUUACUUGAUUAAUGAUCGUGAUUUCGUGUGGAACUAAUCGUGAUUUCGGCAUUUGAAUUUCAUGUAUAAAAAGAUGGUGAUGCUCUGUUGUCGAAAUGUGUCGGUAUAUUUCAUGACUUUCAUUAGAAUCUCGAUUUCUCUUAA